CCGUCACUGAGAGGAGAAAUGGCACAGCAAGGAAACCAGCUGGACCGAGAGAGAUUCUGCUGUUCCAUCUGUCUGGAUCUACUGCAGGAUCCGGUGACUACCUCCUGUGGACACAGCUACUGCAUGAACUGUAUUAAAAGUCACUGGGAUGUAGAGGAUGAGAAGAGAGUCUACAGCUGCCCUCAGUGCAGACAGACAUCCACACCGAGGCCUGUCCUGGGGAUAAACACCAUGUUAGCAGAUUUAGUGGAGGAGCUGAAGAAGACUGGACUCCAAGCUGCUCCUGCUGAUCACUGCUAUGCUGGACCUGAAGAUGUGGCCUGUGACGUCUGCACCGGGAGGAAACUGAGAGCCAGUAAGUCCUGUCUGCAGUGUCUGAUCUCAUUUUGUGACAAACACCUCCAGGCUCAUCUUGAAUUACCGGCUUAUAAGAAACACAAGCUGGUGGAGCCCUCCAAGAAGCUCCAGGAGAACGUCUGCUCUCGUCAUGAUGAGGUGAUGAAGAUGUUCUGUCGUACUGAUCAGCAGUCUAUCUGUUAUCUCUGUUUAAUGGACGAACAUAAAGGCCACGACACGGUCUCAGCUGCAGCAGAAAGGACUGAGAGGCAGAGAGGGCUCAAGAGGAGUCGACUGAACAUCCAGCAGAGAAUCCAGGACAGAGAGAAAGAUGUGAAGCUGCUUCAACAGGAGGUGGAGGCUAUCAACGGCUCCGCUGAUAAAGCAGUGGAGCACAGUGAGGAGAUGUUCGCUGGGCUGAUCUGUCUUAUGGAGAGAGGACGCUCUGAUGUGAAGCAGCAGGUCAGAUCCCAGCAGGAAACUGAAGUGAGUCGAGUCAAAGAGCUUCAGGAGAAGCUGGAGCAGGAGAUCACUGAGCUGAAGAGGAGAGACGCUGAGCUGCAGAAGCUGGCACACACAGAGGACCACAACCAGUUUCUACAGGACUACCCCUCACUGUCAGGACUCAGUGGACCUGCAGACUCAUCCAGGAUCAAGAUCCGUCCUCUGACGUACUUUGAGGAUGUGACAGCGGCUGUGUCAGGAGUAGCUUAUAAACUGCUGGAAGUUCUAAGAGAGGGAUGGACAAACAUAUCACAGACAGUGACGGAAGUGGAUGUUUUACUGCCACAACCAGAGCCCAAGACCAGAGCUGAGUUCUUACAAUACUCAUGUGACAUCACACUGGAUCCAAACACAGCAAACACACAGCUGUUAUUAUCUGAUGGGAACAGAAGAGCAACAUUUAUGAAAGAACAUCAGUCGUAUUCUAGUCACCCAGACAGAUUCACUGAUUAUCGUCAGAUCCUGAGUGGAGAGGGUCUGACUGGACGUUGUUACUGGGAGGUGGAGUGGAGAGGAGGAGUUUUUGUAGCAGUUGCAUACAAGAAUAUCAGCAGAGCAGGGGACUCAGAUGAAUGUGUGUUUGGACACAAUGACAAAUCUUGGGCUUUAUAUUGUUCCAACAACAGUUAUAACUUCUGGUACAAUAAUAUGCAGACUCCAGGCUCAGGUCCUGAGUCCUCCAGAGUAGGAGUGUACCUGGAUCACAGAGCAGGUAUUCUGUCUUUCUACAGCGUCUCUGAAACCAUGACUCUCCUCCACAGAGUCCAGACCACAUUCACUCAGCCUCUACAUGCUGGACUCAGGAUUUAUUCUCAUCCUGGACUCAGGUUUUAUUCCUCUCUAUUUGGUGGAUCAGCUGAGUUGUGUGAGUUCACUGCUCAUGAUGAUUUCUGUUCACUGAACUGACAUUUCUCUGCAUGAAAACAUCAACUUGUCUCUGCUGUAAAUGUUGCUCGAUCAUUAGUAUUGAUGCAUUUAUAUGCUGUUGUGUAUAAAAAACAACAUUUGUUCUCAUCACUCUUUUCAU